AAAGUAACAAAAGCAAAACUACGUGGUUGUAAAUGGUAAAAUCAGAACGUAACUAGGUACCCUCAAAUCUCAAUCUCUUGUUACCCUGCGCUUCCUUGAUGACAGAGCUUCUUCUUUCUCAAUCUCCCCACAAACAAUGGCAGAAAGCUUACCAAAAACCCUAAAUAAAAGGGAACCCAUCUCUCAGAAUUGAAUCUCUUGAAUUUUAAUUUAAUCACUUCGAUCAGACAAGAACUGCUUUCAUCUGGUACUUUCUCUGUUUCCUUUCUUGUAACUGCUCUCAGUUCUUAAAUUUACUAAGUUAUAUUCAGAAAAUCUAGUAUCUAGAUCCAUUUCUCUCACAAAAAUUGUAUCUUUCAUAUAAUUUCCCAUCUGGGUUCAUUUGUAACUCCAUCGAUAUCGUUCUUUAGGUGGUUUAAUCGUCCAUUUUUCUCAACCCCUCUUUGUUGUGUUUAGAGCUUCAAAGAUUUCAUUUUUCUCAAAUUAUCACCAAUACUCAAUUCAACCACCCUGUUGUUUGUUUUACAUUCAAGCAUCACUUAUAAUCGCGCAUCAAAUAUUUAGGGCUUUAUCUUGUGCCUUUUUACUGGAAAGAAUUUGAAAUGGAUUAUGGUCGAGAAAGUGGAAACGUUGUCCAGAUAAUCACCGGAGGGUCAAGAAACGGCGGUGAUUAUUGGGGGGAUCAACCGGUAUGGGCAACUGAAGACGAAUAUGGUGUUUGGGAUAGAGAAGCAUCCAUUGAUAACACUUCUAAUUCCAAUUACGAUGGAAGACAAUCACAAACAAGAUCCGGAAGCGAUACACCAAACAAGAAAAGAAACGGUCAAGGAGGUGAUGCACAAGCCACAAGUCGCUCAAAAGCAAUUGGAAAAAUGUUUUUCAAAACAAAAUUAUGUUGCAAAUUCAGAGCAGGAACUUGCCCUUACAUUACAAACUGUAAUUUUGCACAUAGCAUUGAAGAACUAAGACGACCUCCACCAAAUUGGCAAGAAAUUGUGGCUGCUCAUGAGGAAGAAAGGGCAGUUUCGUCAGAACCAAGAGAAGAAUUUCAAAUUCCAUCACUUGGGUCUUCUAGUUUUACAGUUGAUAGUCAAAGAUCUUAUAAAGGAAGACACUGUAAGAAGUUUUAUACCGAAGAAGGGUGUCCUUAUGGUGAUAACUGCACGUUUCUUCAUGAUGAGCAAUCUAAAGCUCGUGAAAGUGUUGUAAUAAGCUUAGGUCCUGGAUCUGGUAGUGGGUAUGGAGGUGCAGGCGGCGGCAGUGGUGGUGGUGCGGUAGUUGUAGUAGCCGGUGGUGGCGGUGGCGGUGGCGGCGGCGGCGGCGGCGGCGGCGGUAGUGUUGGUGGUGGACCCGAGGCGGCUGGAUCAAACUCCAUGUUGAAGCCUUCGAAUUGGAAAACAAGAAUAUGUAACAAGUGGGAACAAACAGGGUAUUGCCCAUUUGGGAGCAAGUGUCAUUUUGCUCAUGGUGCUGCAGAACUGCAUCGAUAUGGUGGGGGGCUUGUUGAUAUAGAAGCUAAAAAUUCUUUGAGUUCAAUGGAUCCAAAUAAUAAUAAUAAUAAUAAUAAUAAUAGUAAUAAUAAGCAAGGGGUAAUUUCGUCCAAAACACCUGUUGAAUCUGUAGUGGCUGCUGCUGGUCCUUUAGAUGGUUACCAUGUUGGGGUUCCUUCGCAGCGGUUGCCUGGUGUUAUUCCGAGGACUGGACAGAGACCUUUUCAAAAGUGGAAGGGCCCCGAUAAGAUUAGUCGUAUCUACGGGGACUGGAUUGAUGAUAUUGAAUAAGUUUGGGGAGAGCAAAGUUAAUAGACUUCGCUAAUGUUAUUGUGCUUGUUUUUCUCUAUGUUUAGCUUUUGUAUGGAUCUUUGAAUGCUCUUUCAUUGAAAAUGUUUCGGGUAUUCUUGUUAUUAGUAUGUUUGUUAUAAUAUAAUGUACUAAUUUCGUCCAA